AUGGGGGCAAACAUGUGAAGACUACCCACCACUCAGAGCUUUUAACCUGGAUUUAUUGACUGGGCCCUGAUUGUGCUGUGCCUGCAAAUCCCCAGGUGGCCUGCAGGGUGCAGCAGAGAGCACGUUUUUGCGUGCGCAUGCCUGUGUGUCAGAGUGUGACGAUCGCAGUUCUGGGCUGGUAUUCUUGGGGCUUUCCUCUCUGGCUUUUUCUGACUUGCUUCCUGGAAGUUACUCUGGCGGAGUAACAAAGAGAGAGAGAGCGCGAGAGACAGCGAGAGAGAGAGAGCGAGAGAGAGAGAGAAAGAACACACUGUGCAGUACACUGCACAGCUUACUGAAAACAUUGCGGUGAUAGAAAUUUGCUUGUAAGAGCUGGUAAAAACAUGCUUUUUUAAAAACCUGGACUCUUUUCGUUCUGGAUUUCUUGGCGAUUAAAUCGGACGGUAACUCUUGUACGAGGAUGGACGAUACCCAUUACAACAUGAAUAUGAUGGAAAAUGAGCUCAUGAUGGAUCUUACCUACCAGUUUAUGGCCCCCCCGGGUGUGAAGAGUGAGCCCUAUGUACAUGUACCGGAGAUUGCGAACGGGCCCUACGUGCAGAUCAUCGAGGAGCCGAAGCAGAGAGGAUUUCGCUUCCGGUACGAGUGCGAGGGCCCCUCCCACGGGGGCCUCCCGGGGGCCUCGAGCGAGAAGAACAAGAAGACCUACCCCACGGUGAAGGUGUCCAACUACCUGGGGCGGGCGCGCGUGGAGGUGCAGCUGGUGACCCACACGGACCCCCCGCGGGUCCACGCCCACAGCCUGGUGGGGAAGCAGUGCAACGAGAACGGGACCUGCAGCGUGGAGGUGGGGCCCAACGACCUGACAGCACAGUUCAACAACCUGGGCAUCCUCCACGUGACAAAGAGGGGAGUGGCGAAGGUGUUGGCGAAAAGACUGAAAGAGGAGAAGAGAAAACUGAGAGACCCCAAUUACCAUUUCACAGAAGCAGAAGAGCAGGCCAUACUGAGCGAGGCCAAGGAGCUGGGCAAGGUGAUGGACCUGAACGUGGUGCGGCUGAGGUUCACCGCGUACCUCCAGGACGGCGACGGGGGGUUCACCCGCGCCCUGAAGCCUGCCAUCUCCAACCCCAUCUUCGACAGCAAGUCGCCGAACGCGUCCAACCUGAAGAUCUCGCGCAUGGACAAGACCUGCGGCACCGUGAUGGGCGGGGACGAGAUCUUCCUGCUGUGCGACAAAGUGCAGAAAGAUGACAUUGACAUCCGUUUUUAUGAGGAAGAGGAGGGUGGCUGGGAGGCCUACGGCGACUUCUCUCCCACGGACGUCCACAAACAGUACGCCAUCGUGUUUAAGACCCCCCAGUACCACAGCACGGGGAUCGAUCGCCCCGUCACCGUCUUCCUGCAGCUGAAGAGGAGAAAGGGGGGCGACUGCAGCGAACCCAAACAGUUCACCUACGUACCCCAUGUCCAGGAUAAGGAGGAAGUGCAGCGUAAGAGGCAGAAGCCCCUCCCCCACUCGUACGACCACUGGCGCGGGCCACUGGGGGGCGCUGGAGGGCCAGGCCGGGGCCAGGGAGGCUUCGGAGGAGCCGGAGGAGGGGGAGGAGGAGGCGGCCUGCCGUACGGCCAGUCCACAGACGGCGGGAAUUUCCACAGAGGGUUCACCGGGUUCGGCGGGGGCGGAGCUCAGAUGUCCAGCUCGGCGCAGUCGCAGCAGCCGGCCAGCAGGGGGCCCCUGCAGCAGCAGCUCCUGCAGCUCGCCUCCUCUCUGCAGAGCAGGGCGACCCACAUGGCCCAGCAGACCGCGGGGGCUUUGCUGGACUACUGCAGCACGGGGGACGUGCGCAUCCUGCUGGCGGUGCAGAGGCACCUGUGCGCCGUGCAGGACGAGAACGGAGACACGCCUCUGCACGUGGCCAUAAUCCAUCAGCAGCCCGCAGUGGUGCAGCAGCUGGUUUGCGCCAACAUCAGCCUCCCCCAACAGCACAUCCUGAACACACAGAACCACCUGAGCCAGACUCCUCUGCACCUGGCGGUGAUCACCAAGCAGCACAAGGUGGCGGACUUCCUCCUGAGGGCGGGGGCGGACCCCGCGCUCCUGGACCGGGACGGCCGGUCGGCGGUGCACCUGGCGGCGACGCUGGGGGACGAGGGCAUGCUGCGGGUGCUGCUGUUCCACCUGGGGGAGCGCCACGCCCACCUGCUCAACACGCCCGACUACAGCGGGCUCUUCCCUAUCCACCUGGCCGUGAGGAAGGGCGGGGAGCGCUCGCUGCGCGUCCUCGUGGAGGGCGGGGCCAACGUCAACGCCGCCGAGCUGAAGAGCGGCAGCACCGCCCUGCACCUGGCCGUCCGGGAGAACCUCUUCAAAAUGGCGUGCCUGCUCAUCACCGAGCUGACGGCGGACGUGAACGCGUGCACGUUCGGGGGGAACACCCCCCUCCACCUGGCAGCCUGCCAGGGCUCGCCCAAGCUCUGCUCCAUGCUCAUCGCAGCAGGUGCCAGGAAACACCUGGAGAACGACGAGCCUCUCUUCUUCAGCUCCUCUUCGUCAUCGGACGAGGAGGAGGAGGAGGAGGAGGAGGAGUCAGCCGGUGAAGUGAGAGACGUGCCGACGCCAGCGGCCCGUCGCCCGCCCUGCCCCGCCACGCCCUCGCCAGACAGAGCGCGCCCAAAUCCCCGAAAAAGACCAGCCCCUGGACACACCCCCUUCGACCUGGCCAAGUGCCAAAAGGUGAGGGAUCUCCUGGACUGCAGGCAGGACCCCUGGCCCAGCAAAGCCGCAGCCAAACCCAGCCAGAAACAGGAAGAAGGGAAGCACCAGUUGGACAGCGAGACCCUGGGCAAACUCUGCGGCAUCCUCAGCAGGAGCCGGGUCCCCUGGGGGGAGCUGGCCGAGAAGCUGGGCAUGCGAACGCUGGCGCACCUGUACCAGGCGUCCCCGUCCCCCUGCCAGAACCUUCUGGAAAACUACCAGCUGGGUGGAGGUCAGGUGGAGGCGCUGGUGGAGGCUCUGCAGUCCCUGGGUCUGAACGAGGGGGUGAAGCUGCUGAGACAGGCGGAGCCGAGGGACAAGGCCCAGAGCACAGACGCGACGGUGGACAGCGGCUUCGGCAGCCAGCUGAUGGAGGAGUUGGCGGAAGGGGAGGCGGAGCAGCCCGUUCUGGCCAAUCCCUGAGGGGGGGGGGGGAGGGAGGAGCCCGCCCGCCUCCGUGGGACGACCCGGACGCCAGCGGGGACGGCCACGCCGGGGCGCUCCGGUCCAUCGCGAAACCUUCGGAGGGCGCGACCACUCCCCGCAGAGACGUUUCACGGGUUUAUCCCAAAUGAGGGGGGGGUCACAACGAUCACCCCGCGUCGCCGUGGACGCACCGCGUCGUAGUCACAGCAACCUGCCGGUCGGCCUGGACGACAGGCCUUCAAAUCGCCGCUUCGCCCGCUAAAAGGACUUGGGGCCUGGACAGUCACACCCCGAAAUCGAGCUGCUGGCGCCAUUUGAAGUAGCGCCAGCUUUGAACUCCCCCAAAAAAGUAAAUCUCUGUUCAGCUCCGAAGCGUUGCAGAGGAUGAGGGUUCUGCGGAGAGCACGCCCUUUCAUGGCUGAAGCAGUCCUCUGUGAUAUCUUACUAAUACUGUGUAUUCUUGCGUUCUUCUUUAGCUAGUGUACAGCUUGUAAACAGCUGAAAUAAAUCCUUGUACGGAGGUGAGUGUUUUGUGCAGGGGCCUUCAUCUUCAGACGAUGGGUUGGAUGCUUAUUGGCAAUAAAGUUAAAGCAGCUGUGCUUUAAAGUUAAAGCAG